CGCAAGGAGGUAACAUGGCGGACAAACUGAAGAUUUCAAUACAAUUUAGCGGCGGCGCCGAGUUACUAUUCAAUAAAGUAAAGGAGCAUGACGUGGUCUUGCCAAAGGAUGAGAAGCCAUGGAAUAUUAAAAGAUUACUAGUAUGGAUCAAAGACAACUUGCUAAAGGAAAGACCAGAACUGUUCGUUCAAGGAGAAUCAGUACGGCCUGGUAUAUUAGUACUGAUAAAUGAGGUAGACUGGGAACUGAUGGGUGAACUGGACUACGAGUUGCAAGAAAAUGAUAGCAUUGUUUUCAUUUCUACUCUUCAUGGUGGAUAACUAGAUACAAAGUUUUCUGAUAGAUGUUGACAUUGGCUUGUAUUCCGUGGACUCAUGUUCAAAGUUCAAGCAAGAGGAACACAAAGGUCUUACCUACAGAAUCACUAGAACCUGAAAGGUUUCAAUCAACAUCAUCUUACGAUGAACCACGUUCCAUGGAGGUGGCAACCAGCUGGUUAUGUCCAAGUCUACAAUAUGAAGACAGUGGAAAUAUGAGUGCUAGACACUGUGUGUGGACAAAAAGUAACUUCUUUGAAAUAAGCCCUAGACAUAAAAAUUGCACUUUUCUUGAAAUUUAUCCGGUCUUCAAAUUAUUUUCACACAUAUUUUAGUAUGUAAAUUACAUAUGCACCUGCAAGGCACAUGAAAAGCAAUUGAAAAGUAUUUGAACAAUGUCAUCCUUUUGUUGUUGUUGUUAUCCCAACUAGUUCUUGAAACUUUUGUGGAAAAUUUGAACUACUGCAGAAACUCGAUGGCAAUCUGUGACCAAAUCCAGGAAACCCUUGAAGGGCAUGUAGUCACACUGGAAAAAAUUGACAGUGGUAACUGGGAUAAUCUUGUCAAGACAAGAGAUCAAGAGUUAUGUCAGCUAAAAGACAACAAAUUAAAUAGGAAGUUUCAACAUUUUUAGUCCAUGGAGUAUCCAAGUUUCUAACCAUAAAUGUCCUGCCCAGAGAAUAAAAAUGAUAGUGAUUGCACUCAAGGAUGAGAAAAUAAAAGCAAGCAAGUGGUAGACCA